AUGGCAAAGGCAACACAACACGACAAGAGCGUAAGCGUAUUUGGUGUGUGGUUUUUGUAGUGUGCCAGCUAGCUAGCGCCUUAAAACGAUUAUUUUAUCUAGUUCUCAACAAUGUCAGAACAAGGCUGCUACUCUCCAAGCUUCAAAAAACCGUCCGAUGUUCUUCGAAUGAGAAGGAAAAGGGCGCGCAGCGAAGGCUUGCAGGGCACCCGAAGCGCUUCUACAGGCUCCGGCACUUCAACGUUAGCAGGCAUCCGACCCUUUUCACCGGGUCAUCUGUUAAAUGCUGAGGCUCGAAGCGGUGGUAUAAAGCGCAGAAAUCCUUUCGCAAACAUUGAAAACACGUAUAAUAGCCCAAAGAAGAGAGCGGUAUCCUGUACAGAAAAUUGUCCUGAGUUCAGAAAGUCGCUUGCCAUUUUUAGCGAGGAGGGACAUUUAAGAGAACAAAAUGCCAGUGGCGGCGCCUCCUUUGGCGACCUUUUGGACUGUACUGGGAAGCAAAAAGAAAACCAGAAAACGCCAGAGAAACCUGCUUCUUUUUCUGAAGAUUCUUUAUUCGAGGAGGAUAUAUUGGAUGCAGAAAAAUCCAACUUCAUCUCGAAGAGUCCGCAGGCCCCUGGUCUUUGUCGCACACCUGCCGCUGAAGUACUUGGAGAAUAUCCAGCUGACUGGAGUCUGAAGACUCGACUGCUCUUCACCUCUCCCCAGUCAUUCUCCUGGGCUGAGCACCUGAAGGCUCAGGAGGAAGCACAGGGCCUGAGUUUGCACUGCAGGGCAAAAUAUACUUCCCUGCCACAGGCUCUCCAGGAGCCCCGCAGCUGUGCUGAGCUGCGCUGUGCUUUCCAACAGUGUCUGCAGUAUUGGCAGCACCCUUCUUUGCCAUGGCUGUCCUUGUUCCCCAGGAUUGGAGCGGAGCGUGCAUUUCACAGCAAGAGCAUGCCAUGGGCGCAGGACGCUGCACUCCAGCAGAGCCUGAUGGGGGAAUGGUCGGUGAGCCUCACAUCUCUGUACAGUCUUCUCAAGGCCAAGCUCUGUCCGUACUUCUACGUUUGCUCCUACCAGUUCACGGUGCUGUUCAGAGCAGCAGGCAUGAGUGGAGCUAAAGUUAUAACUGCACUGCUCUCACCCACCACUAGGGGACUGCGAGAGGCCAUGAAGGCUGAGGGGAUAGAGUUCUCACUCCCUCUACUGGAGGAAAAGAGGAAAAGCAAGGAGUACUGCUCCUCUCGGCAUAACGGCUCUCAGCAGACUGAAAAUGAACCCAACAUGAAAUCAGAGCAUAGCGAUAAUGAAGAGGCUAUAGAUGAUGACGAUGAUGGCGGUGGGUUCUCAUGGCUGAAAGAGAUGGGAGUAGAGGACAAAAUCAAGAAGCCUGAUGCAAUCUUCAUCAAGAUACGUAAGGAGCACAACGCUGUCCGGAUGGACCACAGACCAGAGUCGGUGGUGCUGGUGGAGGGCUCCAACACCUUCACCCUCAUCAACUUCCUUAUCAACUGCAAGAGCCUGGUGGCCGGAACCGGCUCUCAGGCUGGCCUGCCCCCGACACUGCUGGCACCGUCCCCAUUCAGAGGAGCUACCCUGCACACGCUGAAGGCACGGAGUAUGAACGUGAAGACCCAGGAGAGGGCGGCCUACAAGGACAUAUGCAGUCUGGAGGUGACUGGGCCCAUCAUGCCCCACACACUGCAUGCGCUCACGCAGCUCCUGAGACCCGCCCAGAGAGGAGAGUUCUCCGUGGGGCUGUACACGCACGAGCCCAGCGCUGUUCUCAACGUGCCCGUCGUCAAGCCGACCGAACCUGAGUUGCAGGUGACCGCAGCACAGGACCUGAGUGCGUGCGGCCUGCAAAACAGCACGGUGGAGCAGCUUGUGGAGCCAGCCACACUGGGCAAGGCUGCUCUAAGGCAGCUGCAUGUGAGGGACCACUCCUAUAGCUGGAGGACCUGAAACCCAGUUGCCUCCUUUCAGCCCACCAUGGCCUGCUGUGUGUGUAACUGUGGGGCUUCAGGACUCAAAGGAAUUGACACAAGUGUUAGGACUGUCCAAUAGGAAUGCCUCGUUCCUCUUUUGGACAGGCUUGCUGUUUGUUUGGCUAAGUGAGAAAUUCUACUUUAGGAAAUGUGUCCAGAGUUUGUCAUGCUGAAGUGUUCUGUGCUAUAUCUGGCUUGAAAGGCCAUAUGAGUAAGGUGGACUUACAGUACAUACACAGGGCCCAAGGUCAUUUGCAGCAACAUUUGCCAUCACAAUUGACCAAAUUCAGACAUGCUAAUAGAGGUUGAUUCUUUUCUGAUGUUCUAGUUUGUUGAUUUUGUUUUUUACUCUUACUCUUAAAUGUGAAGGUUUUUAACAAAUGUUGUCAAACUAUGUCCCUGCCGUAUGCUAAGUGUAAGACAUGAACAGUUCUGAGGGGGUGGGGCUGGGGGUGUGUGCGCACAUGCUUCUCAAGACUUUACUUGAAGGAGUUUUACGUAGUACUUUCCGCUUAUAUAGCCUCAGAAGUGAUCUCUUAACCACAUAGACAUACUUUACAAACCUUUUAUUGGACAAAUGUUGAAAUUUGAGUCAGUAUAAUCAUCUGUAUUUUUAUGACAAAAAGACAUUUAUUUCAGAACCAUCUGAUUGGGUGUUAUUUCAGGGUCAAAUCUGGUUGAAAUAUGUAGCCGCCUACUGCUGCUCGUCUUUCUAAUCUUAAGUAUGAUACAUUAAAUGAGCUUGUCUU